AUGCUCGCGGCCUCGGUCGACGACGAACAGGUCGAGACAGAGCUCGCCGAGGUCAAGUCACAGGCAAAAAUGAUAUUCCGACGCCUCAACCGCAACUCGGAACAACAAGCAAGCAUAGAAUCGGGCCAAUAUACGUUGCACUACCUCAUCAAAGACUCGGUCUGCUUCCUCUGCAUCUGCGACCGAUCCUACCCCCGCAAGCUCGCAUUCACCUACCUCUCCGACCUGGCGCAGGAGUUCACCACCAUCUACCCGUCCCAGCAAUACCUCUCGGCGACGCUGCGGCCGUAUGCCUUUGUCGAGUUCGACACGUUUAUCCAGAGAACCAAAAAGACGUACCAGGACAGCCGGGCCAGCGCGAACCUGGACAAGUUGAACGACGAGCUCAAGGACGUGACAAAGGUCAUGACCAAGAACAUUGAGGAUCUGCUAUACCGGGGCGACAGUCUGGAGAGGAUGGGUGAGAUGUCCGGGCGGCUGAGAGAAGACAGCAAGAAAUACAGGAAAGCCGCCGUGAGGAUUAAUUGGGAGUUGAUGUUGAAGCAGUAUGGGCCUUUUGCUGGUCUCGGCCUGAUCAUCCUCAUUUUCAUCAUCUGGAGAUUUUGGUGA